AUGUCUGUGCCGCCGACACCGACACAACGACACGCCAUGGAAAUUGUAAUUGAGCAUGCCCGGUCUCGGCAGGACAUCCUCGAUGCACGCCGCGAUCAUCAUUCACCAGAGGAGUCACGCACCAGCGCAGUGGGCAGGAAGCGUGCGCUUGCUCUGCCAGCCGAGAGCGCUAGUGACACGUUUACUCAAAGCGUGAAGCGAAGGCGGGUAGACUAUGUGCUUGCCGACGACCAAGGACCGAGUGGCGACCAUCGGCGGGACAGCUUGGAAUCGGGAGAGGUGUCAAGCUCGUUGGCAAGCAGUCGACGUGAAAGCAACGCUAGUGUCGGAGACAGACAAAGUGAUUAUCCUUCACCUCGUGCUACUGCCAUCAAUCGUCGCGUGACACCGAUUGAUGACGAUCUGGCGGUGAUUCACGGUUCGUCCGAUACACAGCCGGAACUGGCAUUGGCCGACCUGAAGGAGGUUCUUCGACCAGCAUUUUUUCGUAUAAUCGCGGAUCGCAUCGCUGAAGGGGAGCUCUCUGCUGAGGCUGUUCUCAAGGAGCAUCUUGAGGUAGGUAAGCCGUUCCGCAAACAGGCGAAGGAAGUCUGGACUGCGUGGGAAGCAAAGUCAAAGCCGAACGUUUCCAGCACUCACGGUUCCAAAUCCGAAGAAGCAGUGGGUGGUGGGCUUUCAGUAGCCGACACGGAUGCCAAUGCUACGCAAACCAAACAUAAAACCUCACACGACUACGGACAGCUGGCACGUGAUGUAGCAUCACGCAGUCUGAGAUCUGUCGCUCCCGAUGCUGCUGGCAACACCAGCAUCGCCGAGGGGAGGAGACUGUAUGUUAGCAUAAUCGGUUUUGUCACCACCAAGAACGAGCUAGAGGGAAUGUUCAAGGCCUACACCGUCGAAUCAAUUACGACGCCAGUCAAUCCGCGUACGAAACAUCCCACCGGGUACGGCUUCGUUGAUGUCGCAACAGCUGCCGAGGCCGAGCGUGCCGUCAAGGAGCUUGACAGUACGAUUAAUCUGGGCCGCAAGAUAUGUGUCCAGAUAGCACGCGAUUCUGCUACGGUCGAGACCGCCGAGCACGCUUUCAUACAUGCAGCUUCACAGCGUUCGACAAAGCUUGAGCCAAAACCGGAACCCGAGUCUGAGCCCGAGUCUCAGCCCGAGUCUGUCGUUAUACUUGAGUCGGAGCCGGAGCCGGAGCCUGAGCCGAAGCCUGAGCCUGAGCUCGAUCCUAUGCGCCUCUUAGAUCUGACACCCGAAGACCAAGAACUCCAGCACCGCUACUUCCACCUCACCGAGCCAUACGCGCUCGUCCGCUGCCUCAGAUGUGGUGAAGAAGGUCACAUGGACGACAACUGCACCGGCACACGCUAUGUGGACAAGAACCGGCUCUGGAGGACUUACACAGCAUCGACUGUCAAGACCAUCCCACGGAGCCAGAUGAUAGUCUCCUGCUAUAACUGCGGGUCGAAUAGUCACUGGGGAGACGACUGCGAUGACCUUCCGGACUCUGUAUACAAGCUGGGUUGGAGCGGUGUGUGGAGCGCGAAGGAUGCCGCGAUGUAUGUCUUCGAAGCGUCGGCGGACCGGGAGGUAUCGACACAAUGGGCUAGAGAGGCUAAGCAAGGGUCUUUGCACGUACUAGCCGAAGCGAACUCGACGUGGGAUAGAUGGUGA